AUGCUCACUACUUUUCAUCCUUUUCCUCUUAACGAAUCAUUCCGUCCCCCUCCACCUGUCUCGGAUGCUUUACGCACUCAAAUCUAUUUUGCUUAUAUGGCUGAUCCCGAGGCUAAUUCGGUGCGUGCUCUGGCUGCCAGACACCACCUCAGUAUCAAACGUUUAGAAGAAUCGUGGAAAAAGGGUAAACCCAUACAGACAGGUUUUGUGCAAGGCAUGGAAAGUAUCCUUGGCGUGCCUCAAACCAGAAUUUUUACCACCCUUGAUGAGUCGAAGCCUGUGCCCGUACAAUACGACGCAGUGGAGGCCGAUCGAGAAGACGAAGAAGCCGGUGGCUUCGACUGGGCGCGACAAAGGUACCAGCGGAUGUUUUGGGAGACUGUGCCCGAGGGCAAGCCGCUGCUACCUCUGAGAACAAGACAAAGACGAAAUAUUGUCGAACGUCCUGGACGCCCAACAAUCAAAUUCAUUGAUGUUGGCAACAUGUUCAUAGAUCUCAAAGAGCAGGAGCGUCGUGCCAAGGAGAGCGAGCGCAGGGCGACGGUUCGAUCACGAAGAAAAGAUCGUCAAUGGAUGGCCAACUGA